AAAAAACCAGCUUCAAAGCCUCAUUGUUGGUUUGCACCUCGGAUUCCUUCUGUUCACAAUAAAGAAAAUAAUGUGCCCCUCCCCAUUAUGAACAGUGAGGAACCAUCUUUCACGUCCUUCUCCCCACCGCCUGUUAAUAGUAAUUCUACUACAGCAAAGACGUCGUCCACUACGCCCCAUCACUUGAGAUCUUCUCAAACGAGCUUAAUCAACAUUGUAAAAGCUCAAAUUUCCUUCCGGUUGUCUACCCUUUCGGCUGAGAAUUACGCUCUCAACGUAGCCGAAAUUAAUUCUCUUAUAGAUCAACACGGCCAGGAUACACAUUUUCAUUUAUUGCGACGACUUCUUAUUGAUUCAAGAAUUUGUAAUACUGGAGCCCGUAGCUCGGAAUUGCUCAACCAUUCUUUGAGCUAUCGUCUAUUAAUUGAAAAAGUUAUAGAAGCUGCAAGUGAUCCUGCUCUUUCGGCUGUUUUCUGUGAAGCUUUAAAUUCCGUAGACAAUAGCGAUUCUUUUAAAGACCUUGACUUAAAUAGUUUUUUAGAAAACGUUGGAAUUAACCCACCCGAAAAAGUUGGAUUUUGUAUUUCAUUGUUAUCGGCAAAUAGAAAGGAAAUUGUAGAACAAGCACGCGAAAUUAUUAAGCAGAAUAUAGAUCCAUUAUUUGAAGCUCUAGGAGAUCAACCAGUUCAAGCUAAUUUAUCGGAUAAACUUAAGCAACAUCUAAUUGCCUAUUUCGAAGCCGAAAAAAGAAAUUCUCUACCUGCGCAAAGUGAUACCUCCAAGCCUGUUGUUCCUUUUCCUCUUCCUGAAUCACAAUUUUUCUAAUAUUAAAAUGGGAGAACCAAGUGAUCAAGCUCGGGUUACAUUGCCCAAAAUUAUGCAUGAUGCAGAGAGGAUGAUGUUGCUCAAGCUAUUGGUAUGAUGGCAAGAACGCAUAUUGAGGAUGGUAGUGCAUGGAAUCAAGUUACCGAUCUUCAAGAAC